AUGGAAUCAUUCAAUGUUGAUAAUUACUUGCCUCCUCGUAAGCGUCUGCUUGCUGAACUAAGGAGGGAGAAUCUGGAAUCUGAUUUCCUGCCACCAGUUCCUUUUCUUUCAGGUGAUCUUGGUGCCCGUCUUCGAGAUGUUAUUAAUUCCUCAGUUUCGACUCCAGAAAAAAUUAUUGAGGUUUCCAAGUCAGUAGCUUUGGCUGCAAGUGAGAUUGCUGUGGCAGCAAGAAACACUGCAAUUGAGAAAGCAGCUGCAGCCACGAAGGCCAAAGCUGAUGCAAAGAAUGCACUGCUGCUUCUGGAUUCCACUACGAUGAAUAAAAAAAUCCAGAAAUGGCUGUUUGACCAAAGGCAAAUUGAGGAAGAAGCAGAUCCCAAUAAAGCUCCUGAAAAACGUGCUGGGAAAGCAGUUGGAUAUAAUGGAGAUGUCUGCAAUGAGAAUUCACAUGUUUUCUAUGCAGAGAAUAUGAUGAAAAGUAACAAUUCAGAAGGGAAAAUUAGUAUCUGUUGUGAAAUUGGCAAUGCUGAGGAGGAAGAAUCUGAUCAGCACACAAAAAAACAAGAAAAUGAAUCUAUGAUCGGAUCAGUAGCUGGUAGUGGGAAAGUGAGAAUCCGACAAAAGAAAUUAUCUUUAAGUCAAUGUAACAUUAGAGAACGAGUAGAGAUGAAAAAAUUGACACUCUCUGAAAACCUUUCUUCUUUCACAAAAGAAUCAGAUUUAGAUUCUGCAGGAAGUAAUAUGUCUUCAGAUGAUGCAGAAGUGUCUCCUGGAGGUGGAGCGUCAAUGCAGAUUUCAACAGCAUGGAAAUGCAGAAAGAUCAAGGCAUCACAGUGCUCCCCCAAGAGCAAGAUCUUGAAAGCUUUAUGUUGA